AUGGUGCUGUUCAAUGUUUCACGAGUGGAGACUACGCCGUUCGAUGGUCAGAAACCUGGAACUUCUGGCCUUCGCAAGAAGGUGAAGGUGUUCAAGCAACCUAAUUAUCUGGAGAAUUUUGUCCAAUCAACCUUGAAUGCACUCACUCCACAAAAAGUUAGAGUACGGGAGCAAUUUGUUCUAUUACUGCCUGAAGAAGUUGCUAGUCUUGAUGACCAUAUAGCGUCGAGUCCUUUGGGACUUUACUCUAGUUUAAAUCUUUCACAAAUUGACGAAGGUGCUACACUUGUUGUUUCUGGUGAUGGUCGCUAUUUCUCAAAGGAUGCCAUUCAGGCAAUAUCUCUGACAACUGUGUUGUAUUGCAUGCUUGAUUAUGAGUUAUUUGUUGGCUACUGGUUUUGUGCUAGGCAGCCUGAGGACAUCUUAUGCCAUUUUAUUAUUAUUAAGAUGGCAGCUGGAAAUGGAGUAAGACGUGUCUGGGUUGGUCAAGAUGGACUGCUUUCAACUCCUGCUGUGUCUGCUGUAAUACGCGAAAGAGUUGGGGUAGAUGUAAGUCAACUUGUCUCUGGAUCCAGGGCAACAGGAGCAUUUAUAUUGACAGCAAGUCACAACCCAGGUGGUCCUAAUGAGGAUUUUGGGAUCAAAUAUAACAUGGAAAAUGGUGGCCCUGCUCCUGAGGGAAUAACUGAUAAGAUUUAUGAGAACACUAAAACAAUAAAGGAGUACUUAACUGCAGACGUGCCUGACGUGGAUAUUGCAGCAAUUGGUGUAACCAGCUUUGGUGGCCCUGAGGGACAGUUUGAUGUUGAGGUUUUUGACUCGGCUAGCGAUUAUGUCAAAUUGAUGAAGUCUAUUUUUGACUUUGAGUCCAUCCGGAAGCUCCUUUCCUCUCAAAAAUUCACAUUCUGUUAUGAUGCACUACAUGGAGUUGCUGGGGCUUAUGCAAAACGCAUUUUUGUGGAGGAGCUUGGAGCACAAGAGAGCUCCUUAUUGAACUGUGUACCCAAGGAGGAUUUUGGAGGAGGGCAUCCAGAUCCCAAUCUCACUUAUGCAAAGGAGUUGGUUGCUCGUAUGGGAUUGAGUAAGUCUAACCCUGAAGCUGAACCACCAGAAUUUGGUGCUGCUGCUGAUGGUGAUGCAGAUCGCAAUAUGAUCCUUGGUAAAAGGUUCUUUGUUACUCCAUCAGAUUCUGUUGCCAUCAUUGCUGCAAAUGCAGCGCAGGCCAUACCAUAUUUCUCUGCAGGUCUAAAUGGAGUUGCAAGGAGCAUGCCAACUUCAGCUGCCCUUGACGUUGUGGCAAAAGAUCUGAAAUUAAAAUUUUUUGAGGUUCCAACUGGAUGGAAAUUUUUUGGUAAUUUGAUGGAUGCUGGUUUAUGUUCAGUUUGUGGGGAAGAGAGUUUUGGAACUGGCUCAGACCACAUACGUGAAAAGGAUGGAAUUUGGGCGGUUCUGGCUUGGCUAUCCAUACUCGCUUACAAGAAUAAAGACAAUCUUGGUGGUGGAAAACUUGUGACAGUUGAAGAAAUAGUUCGCAACCACUGGGCUACCUAUGGUCGCCACUACUAUACUCGAUAUGACUAUGAGAAUGUUGAUGCAGGUGCAGCGAAGGAACUAAUGGCAUACUUGGUCAAACUGCAAUCUUCCCUUGCUGAAGUUAAUGAGAUUGUCAGCGGUAUACGGUCUGAUGUGUCAAAGGUUGUUCAUGCUGAUGAGUUUGAGUACAAAGAUCCCGUUGAUGGUUCCAUUUCAAAGCACCAGGGUAUUCGAUAUUUAUUUCAGGAUGGCUCAAGACUGGUCUUCCGCCUCUCGGGAACUGGUUCAGAAGGUGCAACCAUCAGACUCUACAUUGAGCAAUACGAGAAGGAUUCAUCAAAAACUGGAAGAGAUUCACAAGAUGCACUUGCUCCUCUUGUGGCGGUUGCUCUCGGGCUUUCUAAGAUGCAGGAAUUCACUGGCCGAUCUGCACCAACUGUUAUUACAUAA